UAUAACCCUCGAGGAACCAGGUUGUCUUCAGUGACUUCUACAGGAGUCGUCGGUGAGCACCCAUACACAAGUCGGUGAAGACCCAGUGAACCAUGAGACUAGCGUUGGUUGUUGUUGUGAGCGUGGCGGCGGUAGCGGUGAUGGGCCAGGACCGCCAGCCAGUGGUGGAGGGGGAACCACUCCCUCCUGUAUAUCUGAGGGAACUACCUCGACCUUGGGUGCUGGGAGACCUGCCACGUCCAGUGGUCGACGCAGAGAUGCCCAAACCCUGGCUGCUUCGGGAGAUGCCCCCUCGUCACUACUACCCCUACCGUCAAUAUCCCUACUACCCCUAUAACUACAAGAAUCUCCGUACCAAGAGCGAAGUCCAGGACGGCAAGGGUGUGGCGCUACACCCCGGGGGCGCCACAUCCUUCGUCUUCCCCCAGGUCCAUGGCGUGGGCAAGCGAUCGGCUAAGCCUGUAGCAGAGGCAGCGGCAGACCCCGACUUCUCCUACGGCUACCACUCAGGAAAUUUCUCCCCCCACCAUCGCUACGGCCACUACAACCUCCCCUACCAUAACUACCACAACUACGUCUACCACCACCAGCUCAACAAGCGGUCUGCCCGGCCUCAGUACAGCUACGGCUACCCCAGCGAGAACCCCCAGGAUAGCCGCUACCAUGGCUUCAGCUACAGAUGGUGAGACACCAGCCUGUCCUAGGAGUGACGGGGACGCUGUUACCUUCCCCGUCAGCCACACACACCGUCACUCACCGCGACAGAGUCUGAUAGGCCAACACUGCUCACAUUGGUUUUUCAGACUCGACACAUGUAUCCCAUCCAGUAUAGAAUGUAUAAUCAAAAUAAACUUACCUUUCUCCA